AUGAAAGGAGGAGGAACAACGAGCUCAGUACGGAGGAUCGCGUACAAGGCGGUUGUUGACGGAGUUGGAGGACGGCGACGGAGAGAGGAAGACAUGGUUGAGAUCCGCAAAGCUAAGCGAGAGGAGAGCUUGCUCAAGAAGCGUCGCGAUGUUCUUCCUCAUUCUCCUCCCUCCGCCGUUUCUCUCGAUCAGAAUUUGAUAAGCCGUAUCUGGUCUGACAAGAAGGAUCUGUUGAUGGAGGCUACUACUCAGAUCAGAACGUUACUUUGUGGUGAAAUGUUUAAUGUACAUGUUGAAGAAGUUAUACAAGCUGGUUUGGUUCCACGUUUUGUGGAGUUCCUUACGUGGGAUGACUUUCCGGAGCUUCAGUUUGAAGCGGCUUGGGCGUUAACAAAUAUUGCAUCUGGAACGUCUGAGAACACUGAAGUGGUGAUUGAUCAUGGAGCUGUUGCUAUACUAGUGAGACUUCUAAGCUCACCAUACGAGGAGGUCCGUGAGCAGGUUGUCUGGGCAUUAGGAAAUAUUUCUGGAGACUCUCCUAGAUGCCGUGAUAUAGUCCUUGGACAUGGCGCUCUACCUUCUCUAUUGUUACAGUUUAACAAUGGAGCCAAAAAUUCUAUGCUUGUAAACGCCGCUUGGACUUUGUCUAAUCUUUGUAGAGGGAAGCCACAGCCUCCCUAUAAUCAGGUGAGUGCUGCAUUACCAGCUCUUGCACAUCUCAUUCGGUUAGAUGACAAGGACCUCUUGGCUUAUACCUGCUGGGCGCUGGUGUAUCUCUCUGAUGGUUCAAAUGAAAAAAUACAAGCCGUUAUUGAAGCCAAUGUUUGUGGGCGACUUAUUGGUCUUUCGGUCCAUCGUUCACCUUCAGUUGCCGCUCCUGCUCUUCGCACAAUUGGCAUUGUUGUAACUGGAAAUGAUAGUCAAACUCAGUAUAUAAUUGAUCUUCAAGCGCUCCCAUGCUUGUUAAAUCUUCUAAGAGGACACUGUAACAAGACAAUCAGGAAGGAAGCUUGUUGGGUAGUCUCUAAUAUCACAGCUGGUUGUCAAUCACAGAUUCAGGCUGUAUUUGAUGCUGAUAUAUGUCCUGCACUUGUUAAUCUGCUCCGAAACUCUGAGUUUGAUGUCAAGAAUGAAGCUGCUUGGGCUAUCUGCAACGCUAUAGCUGGAGGCUCUGACAAGCAAAUCAUGUUUCUUGUAAAGCAAGACUGCAUAAAACCCUUGUGCGAUAUGCUCACAUCCUCGGAUACUCAAAUCGUCAUGCUUUGUUUAGAAGGACUUGAGAAGAUACUGAAGGUGGGAGAAGCUUGCAACACGAGACACGCUGAAGGUAUUUACCAAUGCACUGAAACAAAUGUAAACCCACAUGCUCAGCUUAUAGAAGAGGCCGAGGGAAUGGAGAAAAUAGAAAGCCUGCAAUCUCAUGAGAACAGCGACAUUUAUGAAAUGGCGGUUAAGAUUCUAGAAACAUACUGGUUAGAAGAAGAAGAAGUAGAAGAGGAAGAUAAAGGAAGACAAGACAUUGUUUAUUUCCCACUUGAUAACUUUGCAAACAUGCCAACACCCUCAUGUACUCUCGGUGAGAUGUACUGUGGACCUUAA